AUGGCAGAUGAAGAAUCAAAAUCAUUAGUGAUGCACCUUAGGGUAGGGAACCACCAUCGCCCAGAUUGCUGCCUGGCAAAACUACCCUGGAAUAGGGCCCCGGGGCCGGCACGUGCUCCGCCGCCCGCCCUUCAAACAGCCUCCAGCGCGCACGCGCUCCUUCCAGUCCGAGGCUGGGGAGCUUGCUCCGGGAGCCUGGCGAGCGCUUGGACUGCCUACGCCGCGGCGGCGGCUCAUUUGCAUGAGGAGUCCGAGAGGACCAAUGGGGAGGCGGGCCGGGCAUGCCGGGAGCCGGGCUGGGCAGUGAAGGCAGAAGGUUCGCCGGCCCAGGGGCGGCCCCGGCCAGUGUACAGGCGUAGCGCUGCGGGUUGGGAUCCGGGCGGCGAUGCUCUAGGAGCCGGGCCCUGGAGUUGGGGCCGCCCUGACCGAACAGCUUUUCCUCUGCUCCGCCGCGGGGCCCGGGCUUUGGGGCCAGGGCCCGAGAAAAUGAAUUACCUGAACGUGCUGGCCAAAGCCCUUUAUGACAAUGUGGCGGAAUCCCCCGAUGAGCUGUCCUUCCGCAAGGGUGACAUCAUGACAGUUUUGGAGCGCAACACUCAAGGCCUGGAUGGCUGGUGGCUCUGCUCCCUGCAUGGGCGCCAGGGCAUCGUACCAGGCAACCGGCUCAAGAUCCUAGUGGGCAUGUAUGACAAGAAACAAAGUGGGCCGGGCCAGGGGCAGCCUCAGCCUCAGCCGCAGCCAGCCCUGCCCUGCCAUCCCCAGGGCCUCUACAAUGUGCACUCACCAGCCUCCCAGUAUGCCCCGAUGCACCCCGCCUACCAGACCCCAGGAGACAGUGUCUACCUGAUCCCAGGCCCCAACAAGGCCCAGCAGGGUGUCUACCAGGUCCCUCCUUCCAGUGGGCAGUUCCAGUCUCCUCCGGCCAAGCAGCCCCUAAUGUACCAGAAGCAGACACCCCAUCACCAGUUCCAGAGCCCAGCCCAGGAAAUCUACCAAGUGCCCCCAUCGCUAAACCCCACUCUGGACGUGUACCAGGUGCCCCCUGGGCCUGUGAGCCCUCCUCAGGAUAUCUACCAAGUGCCCCCUUCUGCCGGGAUGGGACAAGACAUCUACCAGGUCCCCCCUUCCAUGGAUGUGCGGAAUUGGGAAGGAACAAAGCCACCCACAAAGGUAUAG